CGAAGGAUUAACAAUAACCAAUCGACCUUAGAUUUGUUAUUAAACUUAUCUCUUUAAUAAGAAUAGUAUUUCUAACUCACAUCUCACCAUGACGACACGGCGACAUGACAAUUGAAUUGAAAUAGAGCAAGAGAAACUCAGAGAUCACAAUAGCAGGAUCAUAUACUGAAAGGCAAAACUCAUUUCAGGUAUUUGUAAGAAAGAUGAUAAAUUGACUGAGAGUGAUAAAGAAGUGCUCUCGACGGUUAAUUGGAAGUUGCGACAUUAGUGUCGUAAAAAUAGACUGAUUAAAAUCGAACAAUGUUCUCACGAUGUUAAUGCUUGUUCAAGUAGAAUUAACUACAAACAACAAGCUCUGUUUUUUCCCGUUGCAUGAUCACACGGAUAUCGUCAUGGCCACAAAGGACUCAGCGCAAUCCAUGGGCAAUGACAUACAACGAGAAUUUUAUAUUUAAACGCAAAACAAUUGAAAGAUUGAUUAAAUACAUUGAGCUAUAACACCGCCAUGUUAUUUACUACCAAUCACGCAAGAGAUGGAUUAUGAUGUUUAACGUCUCUUAUUUCAGAGCGAUAAAGAGAUGAUAAAUUAACAAAAACAAUUCUUGGACUGAAAUAACAUAAUAAAGGACUGGUGACCACUGCUUGAGUCCAAAAUGGACUUUUCACAAUGUGCGUCGUUAACUCUUAUUUUUUCACUGCUGGAAUACUACAUUGUCGCAGCUAGGAACUGUAACUAUUUCUCACUUGGACAAUCUGGAGCUAGACUUGAUGGUUUCACUAUAUCAACAACCACAAUUCCCACGAUGACCGGUUGUGUGCGAAUUUGUUUAUCAGAGCCAAAUUGCCAAUCAUUCAGCUACAGCGAAGAUUUGGGCAGUUGUCGAACUUCCAACAUGAUCUCAACCGUGCUGUCGCUGAGUCCAGGGUGGGAUUAUUUUAAAAUGGAGAUGCCGCCAGACCUCCCGCCCCCAAAAAAAGUCAGAUGCCCCUCAUAUCCAAGAGUACAAGGAGGUGAUGUUGUUGACGAAACGGUGGAACCAGUGGAAGGGAACAUUUUGACGUAUCGUUGCCGCACUGGUUUUUAUCAAAUCAAAUCCAAUAAGGUUACAUGUCAGAAAGAUGGGCGAUGGAGUGAAGCACCAUUGUGUUUAUGGUAACGAAUACGAAUAACAUGUGUUACAUAAAGGAGCAAAAACAAACGGGUUCUUCAAUAGGUGACACCAAAUGUGUAAAAGGACACCAAAAUAAACACCGAGUCAAUUCAAUUUUCCGUCCAUGCGUUUUAAAUAUCUAUUAUUCAAUAUAUUAUGUCUGAGAGGAGUGUAUAUAUAGCAGCUGUUUACGUGGAAGUUGUUUACGUGAAAGUUGUUCACACGGAAAUUGUUUACAUGGAAGAACAUGUCCAAAUGGUGAAACAAAUGGAAGACAGUGCAAUAUCAUCUAUGGACACAUCAGCUUAGUUAUAACCUAGAAUAUUCCUUUGCCCUUUAUGACCACUGGUCUCAACGCCUUGUUAAGUCAUUGUGUCUGCGACAAAACAUGUUGCCAAAUCUGCUACCGGAAGGUGGCCAUCUUGUUACAAAUACAGUGGCUUGGUGACACGUUGAUACCCAGUAUCCAGUGAUGAUAAAAGCUUUAUUGAAUUAGGCAUGGAUAUAAGGCCACU